AUGGGUAUCAAGGGAAUUCGUACUGCUCUCAAGGUAGAUCUUGAGAAACACGCGAGGGAGCAGCCGGGCUUACAUAACCGUUGGCAUCCAGAGAUCCCCGCUUGUGGGAAAAUUGCCCAAGGUGAAGUCGUGAAAAUCGAAUGUCUAGACUGGACUGGUGGACAAAUUCAAAACAAUGAUUCUGCCGACGAUGUGCAUAAUGUCGAUCUGACCGAGAUCCACUACCUCUCGGGCCCCUUUGAUAUUGAAACUGCCGAGCCUGGCGAUGUUCUAGUGGUUGAGAUCCAGGAUGUUCAACCUUUCCAGGACCAGCCGUGGGGCUUUACGGGAAUAUUUGCCAAAGAGAAUGGAGGAGGAUUCUUAGAUGAAAUUUACCCUAAAGCAGCAAAAGCAAUAUGGGAUUUUGAAGGCAUCUUCUGCUCGUCUCGCCAUAUCCCCCACGUCAGAUUUGCAGGUUUGAUUCAUCCCGGAAUUCUGGGAUGUGCUCCAUCAGCAGAGAUUCUUGCGGAAUGGAACCGCCGUGAGGGUGAGCUCAUCGCGGCCAACACAAUCGCUGAUCGAGUCGUCGCACAGCCACCACAGCCUAAGAACACUCAUGCUGGCAGCUCUGCUGACGACAUCAAGGAGAAGGUGGCGAGAGAGGGUGCGAGAACCAUUCCCGGCCGCCCUGAAAACGGAGGAAACUGUGAUAUCAAGAAUCUUUCCCGUGGCUCUAAGGUCUACCUUCCAGUCCACGUGCCCGGGGCAAAGUUCUCCGUUGGCGAUCUACAUUUCUCUCAGGGUGAUGGUGAAAUCUCUUUUUGUGGCGCUAUCGAAAUGGCAGGUGUGAUAACUCUUAAGUUCAAUGUGAUUAAGAACGGAAUGGCGAAGCUGGAUAUGAAAUCGCCAAUCUUCCAUGCUGGACCUGUAGAGCCUCAAUUCGGUCCUGGCCGCUAUCUCACCUUUGAAGGUUUCUCAGUUGACGAGAACGGCAAGCAACAUUACCUGGAUGCUACCGUGGCUUACAGACAAACCUGCUUGCGUGUUAUGGAAUACCUUCGGCGGUAUGGCUACAGCGACUAUCAAAUUUAUAUGUUGCUUAGCUCCGCACCCAUCCAGGGACAUAUUGCUGGCAUUGUGGAUGUUCCAAACGCGUGCACAACUAUUGGUCUCCCGAUGGAUAUAUUUGACUUCGAUAUCAGGCCUGAGGCUGAGGUAACUAAGUUGGAUAUGGGAACUUGUGCAUUUACUAGUUUAUAG